GAGACUCGGCGCCCGCAGCGCGGAGCCGGGAAGUCGCCGCCACUCCGGUGGGACUCGGAGUUGGCUCCGGAGCAGCGGGCGCGGAGGUCGCGCAGCGGGUCUAGAGGGAGACGCCAACAAAAGCGCCGAGGAGGUGCCAGCCGGGAGCGGCGGCGGCACGAAGAGGAGCCAGAGGAGGAGCGCGGAGCUGAGCGUCCCGACCGGCCGUGCGUACUUUCUUGAGGGAAGGGGCGGGGGACUCGGCCCCGGGAGAGGGACGCCCGGUGGCACGGGUUAGUCAAGUUCCAGCUGCGGCGUCCCUCCUCGGCUCCCACGAGAGGAAAGUUUUCUCCAGACGCUUCCGGCCGGCCUGCGUCCUCCGAGCCCAGCCUUUCGAGCCAUCGGAGCGGGCGCCGUCACAGCCCAGCUCCGAGGAGACGCCAGCCGCGAUGCCUGGGGGGUGCUCCGGCAGUCCCUCUACUGGGGACGGGCGGCUGCGGCUGGCAAGGCUGGCGCUGGUCCUCCUGGGCUGGGUUUCUUCGUCCUCUCCCGCCUCCUCGGAGUUGUCCCUGUUUUCGGCGGUGUCCACCCAGCCCCCGCUGGGCUACUGCCCUCCGCCGUGCGAGUGCUCGGAGGCGGCGCGCACCGUCAAGUGCGUUAAUCGCAACCUGACCGUAGUGCCCGCGGACUUGCCGCUCUACGUGCGCAACCUCUUCCUCACUGGUAACCAACUGGCCGUGCUCCCCGCUGGCGCUUUCGCCCGCCGGCCGCCUCUGGCCGAGCUGGCCGCGCUCAACAUCAGCGGCAGCCGCCUGGAGGAGGUGCGCGCCGGCGCCUUCGAACAUCUGCCCAGCCUGCGGCAGCUCGACCUGAGCCACAACCCGCUGGCCGACCUCAGCCCUUUCGCUUUCUCGGGCAGCAAUGCCAGCGUCUCAACCCCCAGUCCACUGGUGGAGCUGAUGCUGAACCACAUCGUGCCCCCUGCGGACGAGCAGCAGAACCGGAGCUUCGAAGGCAUGGUGGCGGCGGCACUGCGGGCUGGCCAAGCGCUGCGCGGGCUCCGCCGCCUAGAGCUGGCCAGCAAUCACUUCCUGUACUUGCCUCGGGACGUGUUGGCCUACCUGCCCGGUCUCAGGCACCUCGACCUGCGCAACAACUCGCUGGUGAGCCUGACCUACGUGUCCUUCCGCAACCUGACAGACCUAGAAAGCCUCCACCUGGAGGACAACGCCCUCAAGGUCCUUCACAACGACACCUUGGCAGAGUUGCAGGGCCUGCCUCACGUCAGGGUCUUCCUGGACAACAAUCCCUGGGUCUGCGACUGCCACAUGACUGAUAUGGUGGCCUGGCUGCAGGAGACUGAGGUAGUGCAGGGUAAAGCCAGACUCACUUGUGCAUUCCCAGAAGAAAUGAGGGAUCGUGUCCUGUUGCAACUCAGUAGCUCCGACCUGGACUGUGACCCAAUUCUCCCCCCAUCCUUGCAGACUUCUUAUGUUUUCUUGGGUAUUGUUUUAGCCCUGAUAGGAGCUAUUUUCCUACUGGUUUUGUAUUUGAACCGCAAGGGGAUAAAAAAGUGGAUGCAUAACAUCAGAGAUGCCUGCAGGGAUCACAUGGAAGGAUAUCAUUACAGAUAUGAAAUCAAUGCAGACCCCAGGUUAACAAACCUCAGUUCUAAUUCCGAUGUCUGAGAAACGUCAAGAGGACAGAACAAGGACAACUAUGCAUGAGUUGUAGACUUACGCUUUAUCCCAUACUAGGCUUGCUCCACUUCCACCCUCAACUAUAGAUGCCGCUGACUUUGACUGAAAGCAGUGAGGGGAAUUUACUUCCUUGUUAUGAAAAGUUUCUUGGUGUGUUCUAUUAACGUAAGACGAUGAACAGCUGUGCAUAGUAUAUUACCCUCCUCUCUUUCCUUGGAACCCAACAACAUGUGUGGAGGGAUUUUUUAAGUUUCAGCAUGAACAUGGACUCCUUGCUGUCUGUUUCUUAGUACAGUUCAAGAUGUAGUGAGUGUACCCACACAGAUAGCACUCAACAAAAGCUGCCUCAACUUUUUUGAGAAAAAUAUUCAUAAAUACCAGUUUUAUUCUCAUGUACCUAAAUUGUGGAGAAAAUAAUUGCAUUCCGUAAACUGCCUGCAGACCUUAGCAAGCUCUUCAAAAUAACUCCAUAGUACACAGGAGCCCGUGCAUGCAAGAGCAUGCUUACAUUUUACUGUUCUGCAUAUUAUAAAAAAUAACUUGCAACUUCAGAUAAUUGCUUUUUUUUGAUUGCAGUUUAUAUGAAACUAUAUCAGUUUUUUUUUUAAUAAACUGCAUCAAGAGCCAACUGACUGAAUUGUUAAAAAAAAAAA